AUGGAUGAUCAUGAGCAAGGAGAAUCAAUUAUUUCCGAUGAUGAUGAAAAACUAUUUGUUGGUGAAGAAAAUGAUCGGAAUACUUCUCCUUUCAAACUUAACCUAUUAGAUAAUCCAAAUGAAAAUUUAGAAAUGAUGAAUUCAGAGGAAAUAACAAGCAACUCUGCGUCUCCUUCUACCAUCAAGGUUUCCAGUGAUUCUUCUUGGUGGUCAGGAAUUGAUGGUCUUUUAUCCUCAUUGAAAAAAUCUGAUUUUAUAACUCCUUUAGUAUUGACUGGCCUGCUUUCCUUUGUUGCAGGUUCAGUACUGAGUUUUUCUUUUUCAAAUUUGAAAACUAGACAAACACAUCACGAAAUGAACAGCAGGAUGUUGAAUAAGGAAAUUCAAAUAUCAAAAGCUGCUUCUCAACAUAAUAUUUCUUUGAACAAACAAAAAGAAUAUUUUGAAACACAGUUCAACAUUCAGUCCAGAAAUUUAAAUCUGGCCAAUCAACAGAUUGAAAAGCAUGAAGAAACAAUAUCAAAAUGUAGAGAGAAAAUUGAACACUUGGAAAAACAAAUUGAGAAUUUCAAGAAAGAUAUCAUCAAGUUUGAGGAAGACCUGAACAUGAAGCAGCACAACAUUACCGAUCUAAACUUGAAGAUUAACCAAUUGGAAAAUCAAGUGCUUGAAAACGAGAAGGUAAUCGAUAAACAAAAACAAAGAAUUGUCAACCUCAAAGAAACACAUCGUAUUUUUGAGUAUGUCCUAACCAAAGCAUCUCCACAACUGGCUGAAAGAAUCAUUAACCAAAUUCACAGAGUUCAAAACAUUGAGGAUGAAAGUGAUGGUAAUAGUUACGUUAAAAUUCCAGACAACAACAAGGAAGUCAAGCCAGAAACCAAUGAAAAGUGA